CUAGAAGUCAGUCAUUCUUUAAAAAUUUCCAAAGAAAUUACGGACAGUAUCAAUUAAAUAUCAAGUUCCCGCGCGGUAACUAUACAUAGAUGGUUGCUCAAUGACCGCCUUUUAUUAAACCCUAACAAAGCAAUUAAGUUUCUGACUUUAAGAUUAAGGUUUUUUGUAGAACAAACUUCAAUUCUACAAUUAUCUCUUCGACAAAAUCAUAUAUGUCGGAAGAAAAGAUGUUCCAAAAGAAGAAAGAAACGAGAGGGCGGCAGAAGAUCGAGAUAAAGAUGAUCCAAAACCACGCAAGCCGCCAGGUCACGUUCUCCAAACGCCGCGCCGGAAUUUUCAAGAAAGCGGCGGAGCUCUCCGUCCUAUGCGGCGCACAGGUCGCCGUCAUAGUCUUCUCUCCCAAGGGAAAAGUCUUCACCUUCGGCGACCCAAGCAUGGAAUCCGUGCUCCGCCGGUUCCAACCCACCGCCGAGCCUCUCGGUGGGCCUCCUGCUCUUCCAUCUCCGCCGCCGUAUACGGUGGCGCGGGAGAUAAGCGCUCUAGAGGAAGAGAGAAAGAGGCUGCAGGAGAUGGAAGAAACAAGAAAGUGGACGUGGGAGGGCAUAGAUGUCUUUUGGUGGAAUAGGGAUAUUGAUGAAAUGGGAAGAGAAGAGUUGAUGGAUUACAAAGCUGCAUUGGAAGCAUUGAAGGCUAACGCUAUAAUGAAGGCCAGAGGUAAUAUGGGUGUGAGAAGACCGGAUAACUUUGAAGACUGCGGGGGCAACAUUGGGUUUUCUCAUGAUCCAUGGCUGCUUCCUUCCACUUCUGUUUUUUCUUUGGCAAAUUAACUUUUACUACUCCUCCAUGUGUGCAAAGUAAUUAAGCUUUUUGGAGCGGAUAAUUUUAUUUUACCCAUCUAAUUAGGAUAUAAACUUUUAAUUAUAUUCUAAUUUUGAUUUUGCAACGAUUUUAA